GCUAAACCCAAUUCUACUUUAACUAAAAUUAAAACAAACCCAUUUUCAUUUCAUUCUUAUGAAGUUAACAAUGAAGGUGUUGCAAGUUGGAGUAUUGUCAAUAUGGCUAUCUGGGUUCAUCUUCAUUGCUCUCUCCUUUUAUGCUACUCGUAAGUUACCCAGCUUCAAUGAUGAUCGAAUCAGCCAUCACCUAUUUAAUCACAGCGCUCCUAAAAUUGCAAUAUUCAGUGCACCUGCCCCCUUUACCGGUUCUGUUGGAUCCAGGCAGAGUCUAGCUAUUCGGUCUUGGCUUGGUUUGUCACCGCAAAUAACGGUUCUUCUCUUCACCCAACACCCUUCUGCAUUUGCUUUUGCUAGGGACUUCGGUUCUCGACUAAUGGUGGAACCCAAUAUCGAUUUCACGUUCCUUGGCACUCCAUUCUUUCACUCGAUGAUGGCGAGGACAUGGGCAUUUACCUCUGACAUAUAUGUUUUGAUAGAUCCUGAAACUAUUCUCUUGCCUGACUUCAUUUCCACAUUGAAUUAUGCUUACAAAGUUAACCGGGAUUGGCUCCUUGUUGCUUCGUCCCACAAUGUUUCCCAUUUCCCAUUCUGCUUGAGUGAUGAUGGAAAACAUUGGCUAAGAAAGGAUGGAAAAAGGGUUAGAGCCCAGGAGUUUCAGGAGAUACUUGAUCAGAGCCAGCAGGGGAAUCUUUGUGAAGGGAAAAUGCUAAUGGCAUGGAACAGUGGAGAACUACCUUUAAAUAAUGGAGUCUUUCCUCCUUUCUUGUAUGGGAAGGGGACUCACAACCCCUGGGUCAUUAGUGAGGCCUUGUUAUGUGAAUUCAGAUUUGUGUUUGAUGCUAGUUUGACCAUCUCAAGUUUUUCUCUUAAUGAUUCUAUGCAUUUGUCUAAUCAGUUAGGCAGAGUAUCUCACGUUACAGAUGCAGAAAAGAGAAUCUGGGAAUAUGUUGGGAAUUCCCAUCUUGGAGCAUUAUAUGGAUCAUCUUUCUUUCAUGAAAUUAAUUCUUCUCAUUUGGCAAAACUUAUGAAUUGCUAUGGGAAAUAUCUUAUCGUCAAUACAACUAAAAAUACUGUUUAUCCAGUUAUACAUGAGAGGCCGUGCUCCUGGAAGCAAAGAAUCUUCCAUUCUUCGAGGUUAAAGAAAACGAUGGCGUGUGUUGAUGGUACUGAAUCAUCAAAUAGAAGAUUAGAUUGCUCCCUCACAGAUCAGUUAAAGACCUCUGCUCCAUUAGAUUAUCCAUUUUCAUUAGAGUCACUUCUUUCAGUAGUUGCAGACAAGAAUAAGACAAUUGUGCUUGCAGUUGCUGGAUAUAGCUACAGGGACAUGCUAAUGAGUUGGGUAUGCAGACUACGCCUCCUCAGGGUCACAAAUUUUAUGGUUUGUGCGCUAGACCAUGAAACCUAUCAGUUUUCUAUCUUUCAGGGCCUGCCUGUUUUCAAUGAUCCAUCAGCUCCAAGUAAUAUAAGCUUUAAUGAUUGCCACUUUGGAACAAAAUGCUUUCAGAGGGUUACCAAAGUGAAGUCCAGAAUGGUUUUGCAGAUACUGAAGCUGGGGUAUAAUGUACUUUUGAGUGAUGUGGACGUGUAUUGGUUUAGAAAUCCAAUGCCAUUGCUUUACUCUUUCGGUCCCUCUGUUCUUGCAGCACAGUCUGAUGAGUACAACACAGCAGGACCCAUAAACUUGCCUAGGCGCUUGAACUCUGGCUUCUACUUUGCUCGUUCUGAUAGUUCAACAAUUGCUGCUAUGGAAAAAGUGGUGAAGCAUGCAGUAACUUCUGGUCUAUCUGAGCAGCCAAGCUUCUAUGACACUUUAUGUGGGGAAGGUGGGUCCAAUCGUGUGGGUGAUAAUAGAUGUGUGGAACCUGAAACGAACUUGACAAUUCAUUUCUUGGACAGAAACCUUUUCCCAAACGGCGCAUACUUAGACUUGUGGCUGAAGAAAAAUGUGAAAGGAGCCUGUGCAAAGACAGGUUGUCUUGUUCUUCACAACAACUGGAUUAGUGGGAGGUUAAAAAAACUGGAACGUCAGGUCUUGUCAGGCCUAUGGGAUUAUGAUAUUACGACAAGGAUGUGUGUGCAGAGCUGGCAUAGGACCAAGUUGAUGAGUUAAAUUUGAAACUUACUGAUUUUUCUUAUUCUUAUCUGAUGCUAUCUUCGGUUAAGCCAUGGAAGAGAAGAAGUGGAGAUUUUCUUUCUCUUAUAUUUCCUUUGCUAGGCCUUGGUUUCAUCACUAUUAUUUGUGGAAAAAUAUUAAAUAAAGGAAAGCCGGCCAUGAGAACAAAAGGAUAAGCAACCCAUACAAUGGACCAAUAAUGUUGAAAUACUUACAAGCUAGUAUGAUGCUUCCGCUUUCCCUGCCAGAAGACUAUAAUGAAAAUUUUGGAUCAAACAGCUACUGAGUGCCGGCAAUGUUUCAGCUUUGUGCUCAAUUAUUGGGGCUAGGCAGGCAAAAGGACAGCAGUUCCAGAAGAAAUAAAGAAUUUAGGGCAGCUCCCAUUUCUCUGGACACUACCUCACAAUCAAAGGAUAUUUCUGUGAGGAUAGUUCAUGCUGGUGGGCGAGAAGAGCUGUACCAAAAUGAAGUUUCCGUCUCUCAGUUGAUGGAAAAAUAUCCUGGAAUGUGUGUUGCUCGACCUGAAGUUUUCAAGAAACCUCAUGAAUCCUUUUUGUGGCCAGAAGAGAACCUAUUGCCUGGUCAGAAAUAUUACAUGAUUCCAACUUCUACAGCAAAGAAAAUGAAGCGUAAACACCACGGAAGGGUUAGAGUCAAAGGACCUGCCGGAGGCAUAGACAUGUCAGAUGCAAGGAUCACUUGGGAUACAAGGAGAGAGAAUAUGGAUGAACCUGUUCGAUCCGCGAAAGAAUUUUAUGUCUCCAAGGAAAGGUGGUCUGGACCUUCAAAGAGAAGAAGUGGAAGAGCAAAGAAGCCUUUUGUACCCCCCCUUCCAAAAGGAAGGAUUGGUCAUGGAUCCGGUUGGGAGCCAAGCUUAACCUCUGUACAAGAAGUUUCUCCAUGACUUUGUUUAUUGCGGCUCUCACCUCUAUGUAUUCCGGUACAGUCCUGAAAAGGAGUUGAUUCAUGAUAUAUUGAUGUUGGUUGCUUUAGAUAUCUGCAAGAAUUAAUUCAGUGAAAUAAAUCAAGUGUACUUCCAUAGAUUUGAGGACCUUUUUGUAUCCUUAUGGAGGUUGCGUUAACUGCCUUCCAUUGCCAAAUUAUUCAAUAAUAUUGAUAUGUUGUUAGAGA